AUGUCUCGACCAAACGACAUCGUUCUUCCCGAGUCCCUCGCCGGAGGCAUUCAGUCUCAGCAAGGCGGCGACCCAGAAUUCCUCCGACGAAUUCGCGAGCGAACCGUCCAGCGGAUUCGAGAGUCUGCGGAGAUCAGGCUGUGGCAGCACCGGCAGCGGCUCAGGGAAGAGUACGCAUCUAGGAAGGCCCCAAUUCCCUACGAUACAGACUAUGCAUUCAAGAUCGUCUCCCUCCUUUGGAGAUGGAUCCGCCAGUCCAGCGAACCUGAGCUGCUUGCAUCCGUACCACCCCCGGCUCUGCGAAUGCCUCAACUCGGAUCGCAGUGGGAGCUCGGCUACUGCCCUCUGCGAAGGUUCUUGCGCGACUUCCCUCGAGACCCCAACAGUGUCACGUCCGAGCUUCAUCUCGAGCUUAAUGAACUUGUCGAACAACUCUACGAGGCUUUGACGGGCUCACCCGACCCCGCCUCGAGCACCGCAGCACCUCUGGUCGAGCGAGAUCUUCCUGUCACCUCAGAGCUCGAGGGUACUGUCGACAUCGUCUUGGUCAUGGGCCUGCUCCAUCGGUGUUUUCAAUUGGCUCUGGCCACCACCCAAGAGAACUAUGUGCAGCUCUUCAGCGAUGAAGCCGCUAGUGCCGUCCACGAAACGCAGCAAGAAAUUGAUCUCACCGAACCUCGAAUCAUCUCCGCCAACGAAGAGCAGCAAGCAGGCAACGUCGACACCGACGACGAGUCUCCUGUGACCGACAGCUCCGGUGGUUUCGUGGUCGUGUCAGCCCAAGUCACCGCACCAACGUCAAUGGCAAGCUUCGUUCCCUUCUUCCCUGAAGACGAUCUCGAGGACGCGGACGCCGAUGCCGACGACGACGACGACGGCAACGACGACGAAGAAGACGCGAGAUCCGUCGUCGGCCGGGUGCUAGAGAUACUUGACCAUCUCAUGAGGCCAGAUGAGCCUUGGCCUGCCGAAGAUGAACCUAUCCAGGCUUUCAAUGGCGAGCAUGCGCAGGAGCCUUUCGCAGUCAUCAAUCGUCCUGCUCUUCGCUUCAGGGCUCCAGCAGAUAAUCGGGCUCCCCCUACUGCACCUCGAGCUGAAAGAGAAGGUCGAGUAGCCCCUCAUCCAGACGGUCAUAGGCGUCGAAACCACCAAGGUCGCCGAGGUGGAAACGGAAACCGAGGACGCCGUGGUGGCCGUGGCGGUAUUGUACGCAACUUCGGACUACACAUCCGGCAUGCUCCUAGGCGCGAUCCAAGACUUCCACCCAUCCGGGAAGAGGUGAAUGCUUGGGAUCCCAUGCUCCCUGGUUGGCGAAUCCCUUUCCUCCGCCACCAGCGUGAGCUGCAGAGGCUGCAGGACGACAUCAUUAUGACUCUCCGCAUUCUCAUGCGCUGA